UUAUCAAGCUUCAUACCUUAAUACUUAUGCUGGGCAAAUCUUGGUCUAUCCAUAAGACUUUUGAUGGUACGGUGUGAAUAUAAUCCGCAUUGGGUUUCUACCUGAUACACUAGUUUUAAUAUUAAGUCAAAUUUUAAUAAAACUACCUGUUAACUAUAGUAUAAAGUGAUAGAUUUUACUGUAAUUGAUUAUUUUUACAAUGGCAACCAAAAGAAAGAGAAUCGUCGAUGAGAAUUCGACUAUAGCUACUAAAACAAAGAAAGUUAAGAUUAACUUGGAGAAUCAGAAUAAUGAACCGGUAAUUGCUUGGAAGGACUAUGAGCUUCUAGCUGAUAAGGAACAAAUUGACGUUGAUCUAUCACAGACUCUAAUAGAUUUAUUAGACAAUGAUAAUACAAUUCCAUUCCUGUGUAGAUAUCGCAAGCAUUUAAUUAGAAAUACAACUCCAGAGAAAUUGCGAGACAUCCAGAGUACAUUAAACUCUGUGCGUGACUUAAAAUGUAAAGUUGAGAAUUUCUAUAAGACUCUGGAAAAGAAGCAGGAAAUUAGUGAAGAACUGAAGAGUGACAUCAAAGAAAUUAAGUCUUUUGAGGAACUUGAAUUCAUCAAAUCGCUCCACAAAAGUGAAGGCAAACGAACAUUAUUCGAAAGAGCAAAUGAGUUGGGACUAGGUUCAGUUGCUACUGAGUUUUUAGCUGGAAGUAAGAAGCUAAAGCCUUUUGAAAGUUACGUCAACAAACAAACUGAAGGAUUGCAGUCACCAAGUGAAAUUGAGAAAGGUGUCAAGGACAUUCUGGUUCACAUGAUCUUUAAGAAUAAAUUGGUAAUCGAGGAGAUUCGCAGAUUGAAGGAAAUACAUACAAUCAGAGUGGAAUCAAAGCAGACAAAAGCAUCCAAAGAGGACAAAAAUGCUUACAAGUUCGAGACAUACUUUGACCUUUCAAUGGCAACGAGCAAUUUGAAGCCACAUCAGAUCCUCGCAUUGUUCCGUGGAGAAAGUUUGAAGAUAUUGAAGCUUUCAUUUACAUUCAAUGACUAUUUCCAAAAGAAUCUCAACAAAUUUGCGAAGGAUGAAUUGCUUAAAAGAGGAGCUGAUUAUGAAAUGAGGAGCAAGAUUUUUGAUGAUGCAUUCAAGGAAGCCUUCUCAAAGAGAAUUUCACCAUUUGUUGUUCGGCAGUUGCGCACAGAACUGCAAAAUCUUGCUGAUAAGGCAGCUAUUUCAAGUUUUGCUGAUAAUUUGAAGAAUUUAUUACUUGUUGUUCCAGUCAAAGGAAGAAAGAUUCUCGGUGUUGAUCCAGGCUUUAAGAAUGGCUGUAAAUUAGCUUUGAUUUCUGAGUUUGGUGAAGUUAUUGAAACUGACACAAUUUAUCCACAUGCGAGUUCAAGAGAUAAAGCUAAUGAAGCGGCUAGGAAUCUUGUCGAUAUUCUGAAGAGAAAUUCAUGCACAUUGAUUGCUCUUGGAAAUGGAACAGCAUGUAGAGAGACUGAAACAUUUUUGGAUAAGAUUAUUAAGGAUUUUAAGUUGAACAAUGUUGAAUACUGCAUUGUAUCCGAGCAAGGAGCAUCAAUUUAUUCUUGUAGUGAUAUCGCCAAGAAGGAAUUCCCAAAAAUGGACACAAAUGUCGUCAGUGCUGUUUCAAUUGCUCGUAGAUUAUUAGAUCCUCUAUCAGAAUUAGUGAAAAUUGAGCCUAAGCAUUUAGGAGUCGGAAUGUAUCAGCAUGAUGUCGAUGAGAAGCGGUUAAGCAGUACGUUGGAUUCGAUCGUCAGUGAAUGUGUAAGCUAUGUUGGCGUCGACAUUAAUUGCGCUAGUUUGAGCCUACUCAAGUUUAUUGCUGGAUUGACUGAGAAGAAGGCUUUGUGCAUUUUGGAGCAUAAGAAGAAAAAUGGACUGUUUAAAUCACGUGAUGAGUUGCUUAAAGUAAAGACAAUUGGUGAGAAGACUUACACUCAAAUGAUUGGAUUUAUUAGAAUUGACAAGUCGACUUGUGGAGAUGAGAAGAUUAAUAUCCUUGAUUCGACUUCAAUUCAUCCAGAAAGCUACAAAUUGACCGAGAAAAUUCUUAAAGAUUGCAAGUUGAAGGCUGAUGAUUUAGGACGAAAGAACUUCAAAGCUGAGAUCAAGAAAUAUUCUGAAAAAAAUUCAAUUGAAGAUCUGGCCAAAAAGUUUAAAGAAGACAUAGAACGAGUCAAAACUGUCCUUGAUGUGCUGACUAAUGAAGAUCUCAACUAUGAUUACAGAAAUGAAACGAAUUUCCAGCCUGACUUCAAGAAAGGUCUUCAAAAGUUGAGCGACUUGCAAACAAAUCAGUCAGUCAAUGGAAUUGUCAGAAACAUUGUCGAUUUUGGAGCAUUUAUUGACAUUGGAGUGCAACAGGAUGGUUUGCUGCAUAAAAGCAAGUAUAAAAUACCUCUUAAAUUAGGUGAUAAAGUUGAAUGCAAGAUUCUUAGCAUUGGCGAGAAUGGGAAACGAAUUUCAUUAGAUUUUGUUAAAAAGUUGUAAACUUGACUGUUGGAAUAAAUGACUUU